AUGGAGACACCAAAGAAGGCGGGCUUCUGGACGGAGCAUGUGGAUCCAAAGAGUGGUCGAAAGUACUAUUUCAAUAUGGCAUUGGGAAGAAGCUACUGGGAGCUGCCGUCAGAGCUGCAGGCUCAAGUGAAGAAACCAACACUGGAUGCACUUCGUGAAUGGGAUCCAGAGACAGCAGAGCGCAAGUACGGCGCUGCAAAUCAACAACCAGGUGAAGAAGACGAGGAGAUCCGUAGGAAACGGGAGGUGGCGCUGGCCAAGUCCCGUACAGAAGCGAAAGAAGCCCAGACCGCGUCGACGAAGCUCUCCCUGGAGGAGAGAAUGUCUUUAGCAGCGCAGAAGAGGAAGGCAGCAGAAGUGCAAACCAAUACCGGAGACAACCGAGUACCCACUUCAAGCGAAACCAAUGAAUACUUGGAAAUGGUGCGUCAACUGCAGCAGAAUGAUGACAGUGAGGAAGGAGCAGGAGGCAAGUGGCUCGUGAGAUAG